CAUUUGGUAUGCUAUUUACUUUGGCAUUUGGUACAGACUUCAAUACUACACGAGUUAACUUCAGUCAUUAUUGUGCACUGAACUCGGGCGUUACAUAAUGUAAAAGCGUUCGCGAAUAUAUUAAGAGAUUUCCAAUAUUACACCAUUAUCAACCUUUGCCAAUGGAGAAAUUUUCUUUCAGUGUUUAACUCCCAUCGAUUUUUUUAUUGCCAACUUCUCUCUAAAAAUGUUAAUAAUGCCAAUAUUGGUAGUGAAAUUAUUGCUCUAUAAUAGGGGUUGUUUGUGUAUUUGUAGUCGAAUUGUGUCAAGAGAGUGCAAAGCUCUCUGCUUCGACUUUAGAAAUUAAAGUAAAAAACAACCACCAUUAGCUUAAUGCUCGAACCCUAGGACCAACAUCAAUACCGUAGAAGUUAUACUAAAUAAACAACUAACUCGAAAGCCAGACGAGAAACACGCUCUCUCUCUCUAAAAGGCGAGGCCGUAUCUGCAUAUUUUUCGGUGCCGGCUAAUAAAUGGCUAUCGCCGUUAGAAUAGAAUCUAUAGGUUGACUCAACGAGUCUACGAGUUGCCUUCGUAGACAUCGAUUGUGCCGCCAUCGUAACAGUUGUCGCUGUCGUUGGCGUUGGCGUUGUCAGCGUUGACUUUGCUGUUAGUUUAUGUAUUGUCGCAUUAAACAAAUUCAAAAUUUGCUCCUAAGUUUAUUUAAUGUGUUGGACUCGUCGUGAACGCAACAAUCACUCGCGCUUUCUAAGUCCGAUUGCCUGUUGAUUUUCGGUAAAAACUAUGAAAAAAUAAACUGUUUUAAAACAAACUUUGUGAAACCUUUAGCAACCCCUUUCGUCUUAAAUCGGUACAAAUUAUUUGAAGUGUCCUAUGCUUGCGUGGAUUUAGUGGCCUGUGACGACAAGACCAAAUAUUUAUUAGUAAUUAAGAAUCCAAAUAAUAUGUGUAGAAAAGCUUUAACCACUAGUAAAGGUUAAAGAAGAAAUAGUUAGUUCGAAAAAUAAAAGUGCCUAAUGUUUGUGUUUAAUAUAUUUUUACAAAAGUCUCCAAAACAAGAAAAAUAAGAAAAAAACUAAGAAUUAUAAAGCUCCUUAAAUAUAUGUAUGCAUGUAUAUUAAAAAGUGACUUAUCAAAUUAGUGUUAAAGAAAUACAGAAUAUUAAGACGAUUUUGCUUUAGUAUAUCUACUAAAUUGCAAAUAUGCAUAUGUACAAACAUAUGUAUGUAUAUGCAAAACUCGCAAAAACUUAUGUUUGAAAUCUGUUUGAAAGGGAAAUUUUAUUUUGAAUGUCUUUGCAUCUGCCUUCGUAAAUACAUUUAUGUAUAAAAUUUAAAGUUAGUUUAACGUUACCUACAAAUGAGGAUGGAUUAUAUGGGCGGCGAAAAAACUCAUACUUUAUGAAUGUAUAUUUGAAUGUGAUACAAGUAAUAAAAAUAAGAAAUAACAAAAAAGAAGUUUGAAACACGCCAUUCAACGCUUUUAUCUGUGAUUUUGCGCUGUAAUAAGUCGCAUUAGUAUAUUUUUUUGGGCUUUGGUCUAAAAACGAAAUUAAAAUCAUAAGACAACAUAAUGUUUAACCUCAACACACCAUCGUCAUUGCUGGGCAUCGAUUGCUCUGGCCUAAGCACAACACCAAAAACUCCUGAAAUUCUGAACUCUUUGAUCGCAAUGACAAAUCCGAUGGACAACUAUAGCUUCGCACCUUUAAAUAAUGAUUCAGCUGCAUCAACUCCAGGUAGCGCUGUCUCAAUGCGCAGCUUUAAUGGAACCUCGAACGCCCAGAUCAUAUCGCAAGAUAGUAGUCAUUCCAGCUCUUCAACAUCACCUGCAGACUCGCCUAGUGGGAUAAAUACUACUCCAAGUGUUCAACAGACGUGUUCGCAACUUAUUAAGGCUGGACUUAAGCUUUCAAUUCAAAGCAAGCGAAAGCUGUCUACCUGUGAUUCAAGCUCUAGCUCCGAUCAGCCAAACUCCAAAUAUUCCCGUCCUGAUGAAGAUGGCGAAGAAUCAACGGAUGAAGAAAUUGAAUGUAAGACGUCUUCAAAAGGUCUAACACCAGAGGAUGAGGAUCGACGGCGACGACGCCGCGAACGCAAUAAAAUCGCAGCUACCAAAUGUCGCAUGAAGAAACGCGAGCGCACCCAAAACCUUAUAAAAGAGUCGGAGCAAUUGGAAACCCAAAAUGUGGACUUAAAAACCCAAGUUCGGUCAUUAGAAGUUGAACGUCGCAAAUUACUUGAUAUGUUGCAAGGCCAUUCAACAACUUGCAUACAUGCAGGUGGAUUAAAUUUACCUUCUAAACUAUUGCAUUCACCAGCUCAUAAGUACCUCACCGCCAUUGAUAUGGAUGACAAUAGUACUGCCAAUGGAGACAUGUCUACAGCAAACGCCACAGUUAAUAGAAUUCAGUCCCAAACGCAACAACAAGUUCAAGUUAACAACACUUUUAGUAAUCAGUCAACUCAUGGAGCACAACGCACUGUAAUCCCACCAAUGUCAACCAUCAAAUUUCCACGGAGUGCAGCAGCUGUUGCCGCUGCUGUUAAUCAGCAACUGCAUCAACUACCAACACAACAACAGCAUUUGCCAAAUGGCUAUUGCAAGCCGUCACCAACGCCACAGGAGCUUGGAUAUAUAACUUCCCCGUCACAAGAAAAUAUAUGCUUGCCUGCCAACUUACCGAAACUUUCGUCACAAUCUUCUGCUACCCCCCAAAUUGGGACUGCCACCGUAGUUUCUUCCAUUAACCAGCAGCUCUCUGAUUACAUUCCUAACUGUGAAAAUAGUCUUGGUUUGAUAUUAGCCCAUACUCCCACCUCGGUUCAAAGCAAUGACGACGGCAGUGUACUACUUGGUGACAUUGUUAGCCCCCUUUCAGUCAUGCCUACACCUACGACGGCGACAGAAUUCGUAAAAAAUGAGCUAGUCGACUCACAAAGCCCCUACACCACCGCUCAAUCAGCAGAACGUUUCCUUUUUGAGAGUAAUUGUGACAGUUACGUAGACAUUAAACAUGCUGUCAGCUUACAUCAUGGAAGUCUCAAUAAUAAUAAUAACAACAAUAAUAGCAUCACAGCUCUACAUCAAAGCAGCAAUAAUAACCUUAUGGAUUUCAAUACCUCCCUGGUAGGUGGAAGUAGUGGGAUUGUACCUUUCCACGAUCAAAUAUCGAUUAAAAAUGACUACUUGCACGACGCUGAUUUGUUGGCACAACUCACCGGAGAUGGUGCUGAAUUUGUGGACCUUGAUUCUAGUGUUGCGGCAACAUUCAUGACAAACAAUGGAUGUUUGGCGUAAAUUCGAUUUUAUAGUUAUUGAGAAGAAAAUUAGAAAAUGUUUCUUCUUUCAGUUAAAAAAUUAAGCAUCCCAGUGAAUAUGGCAAACGUGCAGUUAUUAAGGAUUAAGUAAAUAACAGGUAAAGGGUCAAACAGAGGCAGCACUGACUACAAAUGAAUAGUUAGUCAGAGCCAACCACUUGAAAUUAGAAAACGUAGUACGAAAGUACGUACGUUUUAUUAUGUCACGUUCUCCAAUCAUAACAUCCUAGUAUUAAAGUAAGUAAAAGGUAGUCUAGGCUUCGUAGAACUGGUACGGUAUUUCAAUAACACAUGCGUAUACACUCCUAAUUGUGUUUUAAGUCUUCCACUAAGUAAUGUUGAAUUUAUUUAUAUGCGUACCUUUUUUGCAUUUGAUUAAUACCUUCCAAAAUCAAUUUAAUCAUUUCUAUACCAGUUAACUAAAUGAAGCCCGGUUACCACCAAUCUCGAAUAUUUUAAUUGACUUGGUGGUUUUAAAAAUUCAUAUAAAACCAAGAGUUUUAGACGAGAACCUUUGGUGGCUUUACUACCUCAACGAUCCAAAAGAAACAGGAUAAUCUGUAAAAUUUCGUUACAAUCUGCAAAUUGGUAACUGUAGGGCUUUCAUAGAUUGAGAAUAGCUCUAAGGAAAUUUUUGUUUUAUAUUUUUUCUAUUGACAUACAUAGCAUUCCAAAACUACAAAACCAGUAGACAUAAAAUUAAAUUGCUAAAUAUUUUAUAAACAUAGCUAUUUGAAGAAUCCCAUCCGCAGCAGUAAUUACUAUUUUUAAUAGCUACAAUAUUUAUUUUAUUCUUAAUAAAAGGCACAUUUUAUAGAUUAGCUUUGUAAUAUCAAGGUCCGAUAAAGGUAAACAGAUCUGAGUGAAAUUCUUAAAAAUCAAAGUAAAACUGCAAUGAAUUAAAUAGUAAUUAAUAUGUUAAUGAGAUUAGGUGUGUAAGAAGCCCAUCAUUUUUAUAUUUACUAACUUCAAAAUUUUAUAUACGAAGAUUUGUGUAUGCGAAGGUUAUGCAAAAUAACUGAGCUACGUAAUUGAUAUUUUUUAUAUGCUUUCUAAACCUUUAUAUAUAGUUGUAUUUAUUUUAUUUAGGUUUUAAUUGUACAGAUAUUUUUAUUUUGCAAUUUAGUAUUUAAACAGAAAUUAUGAUAUUAUAUAUAAGUGAUAUAUGUGCGCAUAUGUAUGACACUCCAUAUGUAUGCAGUAAUUUAAGAAAUUGUAUGCCUUAUAUAAACAGAACUAGCAACAACCAAUGUAACCUACGAUCUGCUUAAAACUAAACUCAGCUAACCUCAUAUUUUAUAAAUAUUAUAUAUUAAUGUAUAAAACUAAUAUAUGUAUGUACUAAAAUAAAGAAAAAACCUAUGAAAAGUUUACAAGCGAAAGUUAAAAAUAUUCGAUGUUCAAUGUUGCCUUAAAUGUUCAUUAAAACGAAUAUAAUCUAAAAACAAAUGAAUGAAACGAAAUAGAUUGAAUAAAGAAUUACCAUUCUAAAAGUGCGCUUAAAACAAAAUCUUUCUAUUUUCCAAUUAUACACGUACGGAAACCACAUUAAAGAUGUAAAUUAUCAUGCACACUUGUUUGUAAUCAAUAAAAAUGUUUUUGCAACGAAAAUUGUAUUUUAAUAGAAAAAUUCAACGAAUAAAAAUGAGAUAAAUAUAUGCGCAUAUUUAUUUAUAAAAUUAAAUGGUCAAAAUCUGUAUGCAUACGUGUUAAUAAAAAUGACAAUUUGAAUACUUUAGCUGAGAAUACCGAUUUUAGGGCGGACUUAAGACACAAAUGAUACGCCAAGUAUUUUAAAUAAAAUAUAUGCGGUUGCAUGUGCCUUCUAUUUAAUGCUUCGUUUUUUAGUAAGUAACGAACAAAAUAUUAAAUGUGGGAUGUGUAAAUAAAACAAAGAGAUUGAAAUUUUACUAUAUUCAGAAUUGAGCAUAAAGUUAAAUAUUUGGAUCUAAUGUUCUCUUUAAUGCAAUUGAUAUAAAAGAUAUAGAUAUGCACAUGUCUAUAAUCUAAAAGUAACAAUGUGGCCGAAUAAUAGUUAUACAAAUUAUUUCGGUUUAACAAAUUUUUGCAAAACGAACUUAAUCACAAUGUAUAAGUGCCUAAUAAUGUAUGUAUGUAUGAUAUAAUAUAUAACAUAAAUCUAAAAUGAAAAGAAAAUGACAGUAGCAAAACGAAAACAAAAUAUAAAACAAAUGGCUUUUCAUAUUUAAAAAGUUUUCCAUGUUUUACAUGCACAUAUUUAUGUACUCAAAAAUAUACAAAAACUAAAAUUUCAACGGUUGAUAAAUUUUAUUAUAUGAAAUCAAAAGUAUUAGUUAAUGUAAGGCAACAAUGCCAAAGUAAACAAGCGAAAAAACUAUAGAACACUUUCCUAUUUGUGAAAGUAAGUGGCGACAGGCAGACCUACAUACAUACAUGUAUAUAGAUGAGAAAAUCAUAAUUUGUUUUCAUGCCACUCAGCAUUUGAAUAUUAAUAUUGACAUGAAUUCUUUGGAGCCGCAAAAAAAUAUGUGUAUAUGUACGUUUAAGAGGCACUCUAAUUAAAAAAUUAGGCAACACAGUUACCACAAAAAAAUAUAACUAUGAUGUUAGAAUCAAAUAAUUAAUCGAUGAUUAAUGAUUACAAAUUCAAAAUAAAAAAAAUAUAUAUAAUUCUGCGUAAAAUUAAAUAACAGUCAUUGAAUCAGUACUUAUUUGUAAGCAAUUGCCAACAACUGCACAUUUUUUUUAAACGAAAAUGAAACAUAAAUAAGUAUUCGCUUGUUAGUCUAUUUUUGAGUCAGCUAUUUCAGAAUGUUAAACUUGAACCUAUCACCAGUGGAAAAAAGUACAAAAUAGGAAAAUAAUUUUAAGUUACACUAAUUUUUAUAAAUUGAAUAACCUAACGCAAAGUCAUAUACAAAUAAAUUAAGUCAGAAUUUAGCGCUACAAAAGUACCUGCUCGGUAUACAGUACCUUUUGAAUGGCGUAAAACAGCUUGAACAAUCUAAAGAAUUUUUUCAUAAAUAAACUUACAGAAUCUUAUGUGCAAUUGUUGGUAGUUUUAUAUUUCAUUAUAUAAAAAACAAAAAAAAAAUUGAUAAAAUGUGUGUCCAUAAUAUAUGAUGUUAUAAUAUCAAUUGAUUCAGAGCUUUCCAUGUAUUUAUUUCAAGAGGAAAUUAUGAGUGUCAAAAGGCUUACAAAUAAAAAAAUAUUAACAUGUUUUUGACGUGUGCAAAAACAUACUUAAAUACUUGUAUAUUUGUAUUACGCCUAGUCCACUAUAUAAUCCAAGCCAACAAAUAUAUACAUAUAUUAUAUGUAUAUGCCUGUUUGUUUAUAGAAUGGUUCAAUAUACAUAUGUUUGUUUUUAAUUUUGUUACUAUUUGUUUUAAGAAUUUGUUUUAUGUUAUAUUAUGUUUGUAUAAAGGCAUACUAAAUAACAGUAUGUUGUUGAUAUAAAAUAACUUAUUAAUACGUAACCAAAAAAAUGCACACCCGCAACCUCAAAUAAAAAACGCUAGAGGCAUAUACCUUUUAUUAUGCUUAUUUUUGUUUUACUUUUGUCUGUUCUGAAUUAUAUGUUUUAGUAGAUUAUAUGUAUAUUUACAUAUAUGUACGUAACUAAAAUCUUGUCAACUUUACAUAAUAUGAAAUAGUUAUAUAUGUAUGUCUGUAUAUUUAUCACAACUGAAAAGUGAACAAUUACCAAUUGCACACACACACUUUUUAAACUGCAUUGGUUCGAUGUUAGAUAUUCGACCUCACAUAAGUUCGACAAAACAAGAAAAGAAGUCUACCGUAUUUAAAUAAAAAAAAUACUAUGAAAAAAUGUUAUUAAAUGGCACUCAACAAAGUACUUACGUACUACAAACAAAUUUUGGGACAGGUGCACAUUCGUGGAAAAUUAAAAGAUUAAAUACUAAUUACUAAAACCAAAAAUAAAAAAUAAAUGCAUUAAAACAGCCGAGAA